GCGUCGUCGACUAGGAAGCGGCUUAUACUUCCGAUGUAUCACUGCUCGGACUGUGGGAAGAGUUUUACCCGUCAGAGUAAUCUCCAGCGACACAAGCGCAUUCACACAGGAGAAAAGCCGUAUCACUGUGGACAGUGUGAGAAGAGUUUUACUUGUCACAGUACUCUCCAAAUACACGAGCGCAUUCACACAGGAGAGAAGCCAUAUCACUGUGGACAGUGUGAGAAGAGUUUUACUUGUCAGCGUUAUCUCCAACAACACGAGCGCAUUCACACAGGAGAGAAGCUGUAUCACUGUGGACAGUGUGAGAAGAGUUUUACUUGUCAGCGUAACCUCCUACGACACGAGCGCAUUCACACAGGAGAGAAACCAUAUUACUGUGGACAGUGUGGGAAGAGUUUUACUUGUCAGAGCACUCUCCAAAUACACGAGCGCAUUCACACAGGAGAGAAGCCGUAUUACUGUGGACAGUGUGGGAAGAGUUUUACUUGUCAGAGUACUCUCCAACAACACGAGCGCAUUCACACAGGAGAGAAGCCGUAUCACUGUGGACAGUGUGAGAAGAGUUUUACUUGUCAGAGUAAUCUCCAACGACACGAGCGCAUUCACACAGGAGAGAAGCCGUAUCACUGUGGACAGUGUGGGAAGAGUUUUACUUGUCAGAGUAAUCUCCAAAUACACAAGCACAUUCACACAGGAGCGAAGCCGUAUCACUGUGGACAGUGUGAGAAGAGUUUUAUUCAAGAGAGUAGUCUCCAAAUACACGAGCGCAUUCACACAGGAGAGAAGCUGUAUCACUGUGGACAGUGUGAGAAGAGUUUUACUUGUCAGAGUAAUCUCCAACAACACGAGCGCAUUCACACAGGAGAGAAGCCGUAUCACUGUGGACAGUGUGGGAGGAGUUUUACCCGUCGUAGUCAUCUCCAACGACACGAGCGCAUUCACACAGGAGAGAAGCCGUAUCACUGUGGACAGUGUAAAAAGAGUUUUACCCGUCAGAGUCAUCUCCAACGACACGAGCGCAUUCACACAGGGGAGAAGCCUGAUAAAAUCUUUUGUUGAGUUGGCAGGUUGUUUUGGAUCACUGUCUUGCUGCAUGAUAAAUUUCCUCCCAAUUCAUUUGUUAUGUUUGAUAUGUUAGGCAGCAAGUGAACAGUCAGUUCUCAAAGUUGAUGUAUUGGAAGCAGGAAAAAUAGGCAAGCAUAUGGAUCUGAACAACUUUGACAAGGGCCAAAUUAUGAAUGCUAGACAACUGGGUCAGAGCAUCUCCAAAACAGCAGGUCUUCUGGGGAGUUCCGGGUAUGCAGUGGUCAGUACCUACCAAUAGUAGUCCAAGGAAGGACAACCGGUGAACCAGAGACGGGUUCAUGGACGCCCAAGUCUCAUUGAUGCGCGUGGGGAGAAAAGGCUAACCCAUCUGAUCCACUCUCACAGAAGAGCUAAGCACAAAGUGCUGAAAAAAUUAAUGCUGGCUAUGAUAGAACGGUGUCAGAACAUUCAGUGCAUCUCAGCUUGCUGCUUAUGGGGCUGCAUAGCUGCAGAGCAGUCAGAGUGCCCAUGCUGACCCCUGUCACCAAAAGUGCCUACAAUGGGCAUGUGAGCAUCAGAACUGGACCAUGGAGCAAUGGAAAAAUUAACCCUAACCCUAACCCUGGUCUGAUGAAUCACAUUUUCUUUUACAUCAUGUGGAUGUAAAACACACCAUGGAUCCACUAUGGGAAGAAAUCGAGCCGGAGUGUGCAAGCAAUGUGAUAGUCUGGGCAAUGUUCUUUGGGAAACCUUGGUUCCUGGCAUUCAUAUGGAUGUUACUUUGACACAUACCACCUACUUAAACAUUGUUGCAGACCAAGUAAACCUUAAUGGCCUUAACAGCAACAGGAUAUUCUAAUGUCAGUGGCCUCUUUCAGCAGGAUAACACGCCCUGCCACAAUUUCAGGAAUAGUUUGAGCAACAUGACAAAGAAUUCGAUGUGUAGACUUGGCCUCCAAAUUCCCCAGAUCUCAAUCUGAUUGAGCAUCUGUGGGCUGGACAAACAAGUCUGAUCCAUGGAGGCCCUACCUUGCAAGAUACAGGACUUGCUGCUAAUGUCUUAGUGCCCGAUACCACAGCACAUCUUCAGAGGUCUAGUGGAGUCUAUGCCUCGACAGAGGUGUUUUUUUUGGCACAAGGGGGACCGACGCAAUAUUAAGCAGGUGGUUAUUGGCUGAUCGGUGUAUGAGUAUAGAGAAAUGUAGUGAUGUUUGAAAAUGUAGUGAGUACAAAGUAGAGUUUUUUUUUUUUUUUUUCAAAUGUAGUAAGCAAAAUUCAAAAGUAUUAAGUGAAAGAACUGCAUUAAGAAAAAAAGUAUUAAGUGGAAAAAACCCAAGUAUAGAUAAUUAAUGAUAAGACUUAAGUACUGUAGCAAUGUACAGUGAGGGAAAAAAGUAUUUGAUCCCCUGCUGAUUUUGGACAUUUGCCCACUGACAAAGAAAUGAUCAGUCUAUAAUUUUAAUGGUAGAUUUAUUUGAACAGUGAGAGACAGAAUAACAACAAGAAAAUCCAGAAAAACGCAUGUCAAAAAUGUUAUAAAUUGAUUUGCAUUUUAAUGAGGGAAAUAAGUAUUUGACCCCUCUGCAAAACAUGACUUAGUACUUGGUGGCAAAACCCUUGUUGGCAAUCACAGAGGUCAGACGUUUCUUGUAGUUGGCCACCAGGUUCGCACACAUCUCAGGAGGAAUUUUGUCCCACUCCUCUUUGCAGAUCUUCUCCAAGUCAUUAAGGUUUCGAGGCUGACGUUAGGCAACUCGAACCUUCAGCUCCCUCCACAGAUUUUCUAUGGGAUUAAGGUCUAUGGGAUUUCUAUGGGAUUAACGACCCAUUUUCAGUGCCCUGGCUGAGGGAAGGAGGUUCUCACCCAAGAUUUGACGGUACAUGGCCCUGUCCAUCGUCCCUUUGAUGCAGUAAAGUUGUCUUGCCCCCUUAGCAGAAAAACACCCCCAAAGCAUAAUGUUUCCGCCUCCAUGUUUGACGGUGGGGAUGGUGUUCUUGGGGUCAUAGGCAGCAUUCCUCCUCCUCCAAACACGGCAAGUUGAGUUGAUGCCAAAGAGCUCCAUUUUGGUCUCAUCUGACCACAACACUUUCACCCAGUUGUCCUCUGAAUCAUUCAGAUGUUCAUUGGCAAACUUCAGACGGGCAUGUAUAUGUGCUUUCUUGAGCAGGGGGACCUUGCGGGUGCUGCAGGAUUUCAGUCCUUCACGGCGUAGUGUGUUACCAAUUGUUUUCUUGGUGACUAUGGUCCCAGCUGUCUUGAGAUCAUUGACAAGAUCCUCCCGUGUAGUUCUGGGCUGAUUCCUCACUGUUCUCAUGAUCAUUGCAACUCCACGAGGUGAGAUCUUGCAUGGAGCCCCAGGCCGAGGGAGAUUGACAGUUCUUUUGUGUUUCUUCCAUUUGCGAAUAAUCACACCAACUGUUGUCACCUUCUCACCAAGCUGCUUGGCAAUGGUCUUGUAGCCCAUUCCAGACUUGUGUAGGUCUACAGUCUUGUCCCUGACAUCCUUUGAGAGCUCUUUGGUCUUGGCCAUGGUGGAGAGUUUGGAAUCUGAUUGAUUGAUUGCUUCUGUGGACAGGUGUCUUUUAUACAGGUAACAAACUGAGAUUAGGAGCACUCCUUUUAAGAGUGUGCUCCUAAUCUCAGCUCGUUACUUGUAUAAAAGACACCUGGGAGCCAAAAAUCUUUCUGAUUGAGAGGGUGUCAAAUACUUAUUUCCCUCAUUAAAAUGCAAAUCAAUUUAUAACAUUUUUGACAUGCGUUUUUCUGGAUUUUCUUGUUGUUAUUCUGUCUCUGUUCAAAUAAAUCUACCAUUAAAAUUAGAGAAUGAUCAUUUCUUUGUCAGUGGGCAAACGUACAAAAUCAGCAGGGGAUCAAAUACUUUUUUCCCUCACUGUAAUUGUACUUUGUUGUUUCCCUGAUAUGCUGGUCAGAUAUUUGGGCGGUGGUCCAUUCCCUGUAUAGUAGUGAUACUGACACGAUAGUCACGGCACAUUGUAUUGUACUGGUACGAGUGUUUAGGCCCUGUAUACUUUGUGUUUCAACCUUGUAUGUGUGCAGUUAUAGACAGAGUGAUAAGUAGUACCAGUAGAUAAAGUAGAUGGAUCACAAGGAUAAAUUUGGGAUAAUGAUGUGUUAGUUAGAGAGACUAAUGUGUGCUAAUCCUUCUCUAGCACUUCUUUUUUUUGGUCAUUUGCCAGUUCCCAUGCACUAGCUAGCUCUCGCCUAUUACACAGCAACUACCAGCCAGGGAUGGGGAAGACCAGCAUGUGCUUCCUUGAAGAAACUGCAUCUUUACAAACUGCUGUUCAUUCUGCUGUUCAUCACAUGACAGCUGAAUACACUCAGAGGAAAAUGCUAACUUGUGAAUACAUGACCUCACUGAUGCCCAUGAUCGGAUAGCUUCACACUGAUUGACAGGUCAGAGAAUAAUGCCUUCCCUCCCUUCCAGAGAGCAUGGCCAGUUUUGCUUUCUUAGACUCCUGGCCAUGGAGGGCUGUGGCAUCAUCAGGAUCAAGAUUUUCUUGUUGGCUGUAUAUUUUUGGUUGCUGGACUGACCACUAAGUUGGCACUACCAUGUCAGUGUUGCUGGUUUACCGAAAAUGAUCCCUCAUGGUUGAGGGUGAGAUAACAAAAUGUGCAUAGUCAUAGCUGGUCUACAAUCAGUAGUUAAAUGUCUGAGUGUGAAUACAAGGUAUGUGUGCCUGUAAAACUUUGACAAGUUUGUUUCAUGUCCAAAGGUUCAAGCACUGACUUUUUUUCUACUUCCCUAUUUCAGUUAAAGUUUACCUUAUUCUGAUUAUCUGCUAUGUGUUGGCCUGAUCCUGCUGCCCACACUUGCUGUAAUGAUACAAAGGAAAUUCUUGAGUAAAAAGAGUCCAGACCCACGAUUCAGUUCUUUGUCCAUAUGGCCAUCAGACAAUUGCAGAAAGGCAUGGAGACUAUUUCCGGUGCCUGGGGCAGGGACACAGAGAAAAUUCUGCCAUGUCAUGUAGACAGUGAGGCCGUCAGUGUUUUCCCAACAAGCAAAAAAGACAUAGCUACAGUGAAAUCUUUGACAGAUAUCCAGUACAUUGCAACACAUGAUAUGACAUCCCAGACAGAAAAUACUCCACUGGCUGCAAGUGUUUCUAAGAAAGGACAGCUGGUAUUUGGUGGGAAAGAGCAAUGAGUCCCUCCUGUACCAUCACUGGAUCUACAGACCUCAGGAACCCCCUCCCUCCUAUUCAAUCACUGUACAGGAAGCAAACACCACUAUGCAGCCCUGUGGAGUCACCUUCUAAACCACUAUGGUCAGAUGAGACAGAUGCACUGCUGACACCAAAGCUCAAAAAUACAUCUUACUUUACUAGUUAUGUAACCUUAGACAUGUUUGAAACUGGCAAACACACAACCAAGUGACUUUGACACAAUGGUCAAGUUCUUCAUGUCUUGUGCUAAUAAUAAUAAUAAUAAUAAUAAUAAUAUUUUCAGUAACUCUAUUACUGUGUCAUUACUACAAAUGUGAUGUGUAUAUUUAGAGUAUUCAGAACAUCCAGUAGCCAGUAAUAACCAGAAUUAUAUUAUUUUCACACACGAGUUAUUUGCCAAGUAGAGGGUGUUUUUGGCAAAGAAGUCAUCUGACAUUCAUAUAGCAUCAUACAGUGACUGAAGUGUUGCCCAAGUUAACUAGGUAAUUAUCUUGGUAAUGUCAUGCUACAUUAAAGUAGCUGUCCAGCAUCCCGAAUGCCUCACUGUUAAUAUCAUAAAGCAAUUAACAGUGAGGUAUAGUUUAUAGCCUGGCACUAUUUCCAUAACAUAUCCUAAAAAAAUGUUUCCAGAUAUUAGAUAUUUCUUAAAUUGUUUAGUUACUUAACUAGCUAGGUUAAUAUGUUACAUUAUACUCCAUGGCCAGUGAAGUUCCAUACUAAAAGAUCCAAUUAUCUGCUAGCUAUCUGCACAGUGAAUGAUAGCUAUCAUAACUUAAUAGUAUUGUUACAAAGUGCACUGCUUAACUGUGUAAUUUAAAAGCAGUACUUGAUUUAAUUAUGCAGUGAUUUUAUUACAUACAGCCAAAAAAAGGUUACUACUAGAGAUGGCACUGACCUGAUACCCAGGAGCGAUGUUGGGGCAAUACCAGCAAAAAACGUUGCAUCGGAUGUCAGAGGAAAAAAAAUGUGAUUCGAUCCAGAAUUGGGUUUGGAAAGAAUAUUUUUGGAACUGUAAAUGUUUACAUAUACAAAGUCAUGUAUAUAUGUAUAUUUUUUUGUUAAGAUUGAUUUUUAUUAUAGUUAUAUAUUAUACUUUAUUAGAAUUGCAACCUGAUUUUUUUGUGUGAAAGCUGUGGUUUUGUUCAAGUUAUAUUUUCAGCUGUGUAUUUUGUACUGUAAUUUUGUUUUUGUACUAAUAAAUCCUGAUUAAGUCCUGUUAA